UUUGGGCCAGGCCCGUCCAGGCCCAUUAUCAACUGGGCCCAGGAAUAUCUACGCGUUCCAACCAGUAUAUCGUUGUCGUUCGUUGGCCGUUGCUUGUCCACUCCACCUGCCCACCACCAUGCUCUCCGCCAUGGCCGCGCGUCCCGUGACCGUAGCGAGCAGCUCACCCCUCCUUCGUCUCCCAGCCCAGGCUGCUUCUGCUGCUUCCGGCACCUCCUCUUCUCCUGUGGUUCGUGGACUCAAAUCGGAGGCGGCAGAGAAGCGCUCGCUCCUUCGUCGGUGCCCCAUGCUGCUGACCUCUGUGGCAGUGGGCAGUUUGGUUGCUGCUGGCGCUGCAAAUGCUACUGAGCUGUUGGAUCCUAUGCACGGAUCAUCAGGACUCCUCUUGGCUGACCUUGGCAUUGGAGAUUGGUUUGGAGGUUUGCUGUUUUCAGCUGGGCAGCAGGCUAAUGAGGCUGUUCAGGAUCAGCUAUCUGCUCUCAGUUUCACUAGCUUAGCAGUCAUUUUUGGCGCUGGACUUGUAACUAGUCUGUCUCCUUGUACACUCAGUGUUCUACCAUUGACUCUAGGAUAUAUAGGGGCAUUCGGUUCUGGGAAAGGCCAGGCUGAGGUUGUUGGAAAUUCAAUAGCAUUUUCAUUAGGACUGGCAACAACCUUAGCUAUUCUUGGUGUUGCUGCCUCUUUUGCUGGAAAGGCGUAUGGGCAGGUUGGGCAAGGACUCCCAGUGGCUGCUUCUGGGUUGGCCAUUGUCAUGGGAUUGAAUCUUCUGGAGGUAGUUGAGUUGCAACUUCCCUCGUUCUUCAGUGAUUUUGACCCACGAACUGCUGCAGCUAACCUCCCUUCAAGUUUACAAGCAUAUCUUGCUGGUCUUACAUUUGCAUUGGCAGCAUCACCUUGCAGUACACCUGUUCUAGCUACCCUUCUGGGAUAUGUGGCCACUUCAAGAGAUCCAAUUGUUGGAGGAAGCUUGUUGUUGACAUAUACGACCGGCUAUGUUGCACCUCUUCUUAUUGCAGCUUCCUUUGCUGGAGUAUUGCAGAGUUUGCUGUCAUUCAGAAGAUACUCAGCAUGGAUAAACCCAAUCAGUGGUGCAUUUCUUCUUGGUGGAGGAGUUUAUACCUUACUGGACAGGGUGUUUCCUGCAACAUCCAUGGUAAUGUAGUCCUUGCUGGACAAGAACUGCGGCAACGGUCUGUUGAACAUGAUCCAAAUGUAAGAAGUAAAGUAGCUAACUCAUGCUAACAAUGUGUAUAGUUAUGUACAGUGUCUCGGGACAACCAAAACAUCUUGACCUUAGACUGUUUGGGCCUCGAUGAUUAGAGCCUGGAGGUCUACUCUGCUAAAAUUUUAUUCCUGGAUAUUUUAUCAUGUUCAAAUAUCAACUGUGCGAAACUUCA